UUCUCAGACAGGAAGUCAGGAAGCAGCCGGUGUUUACCGGUGAUAUGAAACCCAAACAGACGGUUUUCUCCUCAGGUCUGAGUUAAACCCGCAGCUGGAAGGUUUUUAUGGGAACUACAGCAGCUCACUUCUUUGUUUUGUGUCUGAUUUCCGGCCUGAGUGCUGAAGACGGAGGCGGGUGGUCUCUGCCUUCAGACUUCAGGUUAGAGGAUGAAGGGUUCUGCAACAUCGAUGUUCUGGACGGGUCCAGUCUGUCUCAUCAGGACUUUAUGGACAGAUAUGCGUACGGCCGACCGGUGGUCCUCAGAGGUCUCACUGACAACACGAAAUUCAGGUUCCUGUGCUCCAAGUCCAGUUUGUUGGAGGAGUACGGCUCCCGGACCGUGAGGCUCAGCACGGCCAACACGUUCUCGUACAGGAAAGUGGACGUUCCCUUCCAGACGUUCGUGGAGRAGCUGCUGAGACCUCAGGCAGCGGACGCCCUCGGCAGCGACACUCUGUACUUCUUUGGAGACAACAACCACAGCGAGUGGCAGAACCUGUUCAGUCAGUAUGAAUCUCCUCCGUUCGUCUUGCCGCACACCACCGGGGCCUACAGCUUCGGGAUCGCAGGUCCUGGAACAGGAGUCCCGUUCCACUGGCAUGGUCCUGGUUACUCUGAGGUCAUCUAUGGAAGGAAGCGUUGGUUCCUCUACCCCCCUGAUCAGGAGCCUCACUUCCACCCGAACCGGACCACCCUGUCCUGGGUGACAGAAACCUACCCGAACCUCCCGGAGAGCGAGGCUCCGCUGGAGUGCACCAUCCGACCUGGAGAGGUUUUGUAUUUUCCGGACCRCUGGUGGCACGCCACCCUCAACCUGGACUUCAGUGUUUUUAUCUCCACCUUCCUGGGCUGAGCUCUGUCUGCUUCUGCUGUGGCUCAACUUCUCUGCAGGGAAACAACCAGCUGAGUUUUCAUCAGAAAAAUAACUUAUUUCUGCUUCAUUCCAACAAUUUUAACCUGAUUUUAUUACAUUUAACUACGACCCUGGUUUAGAAUAUGUUUAGUACAAAUGUUUUUAGAAUCCCACAGGACCAAAAGUCUCUGUAGAGACUGAAUUCAUGCAGAAACUGAAAAACUUUUGUUUUAAACUGAUUGUGAAGAUAAAAAACACUUUAAUCAUCAUCAAGACUUUUUGACUUCACAAACUCAAGUUUUGCACUUAUGACUCUUAAUUCAGUAAAUUAUAUUAAAGUCUUAAACUUGUUUUUAGUUUGAAUAAAUCUAAAAACAAUAAACUCAGAUUUUAAAACAUU